CCAAGGCACAAGUAACAAGCUCACCCAGUUGGGCACCUAUGAAGACCACUUUCUGAGCCUCCAGAGGAUGUUCAACAACUGUGAGGUGGUCCUUGGGAAUUUGGAAAUCACUUACAUGCAAAAGAACUAUGACCUUUCCUUCUUAAAGACUAUUCAGGAGGUGGCUGGCUACGUGCUCAUCGCCCUCAAUACAGUGGAGAAGAUCCCCCUGGAAAACCUGCAGAUCAUCAGGGGAAACAUGCUGUAUGAACACACCCAUGCCUUGUCAGUCUUGUCCAACUACGGAGAAAACAGAACGGGUCUGAGGGAGCUGCCGCUGCGGAACCUACAGGAAAUCCUACAUGGUGCCGUGCGAUUCAGCAACAACCCUAUCCUGUGCAACAUGGAUUCUGUGCAGUGGCGGGACAUCGUCGACAAUGAUUUUCUGAGCAACAUGUCAAUGGAUUUUCAGCACAACCCGAGCAGUUGCCAGAAGUGUGAUCCCAGCUGCCCCAAUGGAAGUUGCUGGGGCCCAGGAAAGGAGAACUGCCAGAAAUUGACCAAAAUCAUCUGUGCCCAGCAGUGCUCUGGGCGCUGCCGCGGCAAGUCCCCCAGCGACUGCUGCCACAACCAAUGUGCUGCUGGCUGCACUGGGCCCCGCGAGAGUGACUGCCUGGUCUGCCGGAAGUUCCGGGAUGAAGCCACCUGCAAGGACACCUGUCCCCCUCUCAUGCUCUACAACCCCACCACUUACCAGAUGGAUGUCAACCCAGAGGGGAAGUACAGCUUUGGCGCCACCUGUGUGAAGAAAUGUCCUCGGAACUACGUGGUGACCGACCAUGGCUCCUGCGUCCGCGCCUGCAAUUCAGACAGCUAUGAGGUGGAGGAGGAUGGUGUCCGGAAGUGUAAAAAGUGUGACGGGCCUUGUCGUAAAGUUUGUAAUGGAAUAGGAAUUGGUGAAUUUAAAGACACACUUUCCAUAAAUGCCACCAAUAUUAAGCACUUCAAAAACUGCACCACAAUCAGUGGAGAUCUUCACAUCUUGCCAGUAGCAUUUAAGGGUGACUCCUUCACACAUACACUUCCUCUGGACCCAAAGGAACUGGACAUUCUGAAAACAGUAAAAGAAAUCACAGGGUUUCUACUGAUUCAGGCCUGGCCAGAAAACAGGACUGAUCUAAACACUUUUGAGAACCUGGAAAUCAUACGUGGUAGAACAAAACAACAUGGUCAGUUUUCACUUGCAGUUGUUGGCCUGAACAUAACCUCCUUGGGAUUACGCUCCCUCAAGGAGAUAAGUGAUGGAGAUGUGAUUGUUUCAACAAACCGAAACUUGUGCUAUACAAAAACAAUAAACUGGAAAAAACUAUUUGGGACCUCAAGUCAGAAAUACAAAAUUAUAAGGAACAGAGAUGAAAAUGACUGCAAGACUGCAGGCCACGUGUGCCAUCCCUUAUGCUCCUCAGAGGGCUGCUGGGGCCCAAAACCCAAAGACUGCUUGUCUUGCCGAAAUGUCAGCCGUGGCAAGGAAUGUGUGGAGAAGUGUAACAUUCUGGAGGGGGAGCCCAGGGAGUUUGUGGAGAAUUCCGAGUGCAUACAGUGUCAUCCAGAGUGCCUGCCCCAGGUCAUGAACAUCACCUGCACAGGACGAGGGCCAGACAACUGUGUGCAGUGUGCCCACUACAUCGAUGGUCCCCACUGCGUCAGGACCUGCCCCGCAGGAGUCAUGGGAGAGAACAACACCCUGGUCUGGAAGUUUGCAGAUGCCAACCGUGUGUGCCACCUGUGCCAUGCCAACUGUACCUACGGCUGUACUGGGCCAGGUCUUGAAGGCUGUUCUACACCUGAGACGAAGAUCCCAUCCAUUGUCACAGGCAUUGUGGGGGGCCUCCUGAUGUUGGUGGUGGUGGCCCUUGGGGUCGGCCUGUUUGUGCGCAGACGUCACAUUGUCCGGAAACGCACCCUGCGAAGACUGCUCCAGGAGAGAGAGCUUGUGGAGCCCCUGACACCCAGUGGAGAAGCACCAAACCAAGCUCUCUUGAGGAUCUUAAAAGAAACAGAAUUCAAAAAGAUCAAGGUCCUGGGUUCUGGAGCAUUCGGCACCGUGUACAAGGGACUCUGGAUCCCAGAAGGUGAGAAGGUUAAAAUCCCCGUGGCUAUCAAGGAAUUAAGAGAAGCCACAUCUCCGAAAGCCAACAAGGAGAUUCUUGAUGAGGCCUAUGUGAUGGCCAGUGUGGACAACCCCCACGUGUGCCGCCUGCUGGGCAUCUGCUUGACUUCCACUGUCCAGCUCAUCACUCAGCUCAUGCCCUUUGGCUGCCUCUUGGACUAUGUCCGUGAGCACAAGGACAACAUCGGCUCCCAACACCUGCUCAACUGGUGCGUGCAGAUCGCCAAGGGCAUGAACUACCUGGAAGACCGGCGCUUGGUGCACCGUGACCUGGCAGCCAGAAACGUCCUGGUGAAGACCCCGCAGCAUGUCAAGAUCACAGACUUCGGGCUGGCCAAACUGCUGGGUGCUGAUGAGAAGGAGUACCAUGCAGAAGGAGGCAAAGUGCCUAUCAAGUGGAUGGCUUUGGAAUCAAUUUUACACCGAAUUUAUACCCACCAAAGUGAUGUGUGGAGCUAUGGAGUCACUGUUUGGGAGCUAAUGACCUUUGGGUCUAAACCUUAUGACGGAAUUCCGGCGAGUGAGAUCUCCACCAUCCUGGAGAAGGGGGAGCGCCUCCCACAGCCGCCCAUCUGCACCAUUGAUGUCUACAUGAUCAUGGUCAAAUGUUGGAUGAUAGAUGCAGACAGUCGCCCUAAAUUUCGUGAGCUGAUCAUUGAAUUCACCAAGAUGGCCCGAGACCCCCAGCGCUACCUUGUCAUCCAGGGGGAUGAGAGAAUGCACUUGCCAAGUCCCACUGACUCCAACUUCUACCGCGCUCUGAUGGAUGAGGAGGACAUGGAAGAUGUGGUGGAUGCUGACGAGUACCUCAUCCCUCAGCAGGGCUUCUUCCAUAGCCCAUCCACAUCUCGGACGCCCCUCCUCAGUUCUCUGAGUGCCACCAGCAACAACUCCACUGUGGCGUGCAUCGAUAGAAACGGGCAGAGCUGCCCCCUCAAAGAAGACAGCUUCCUGCAGCGCUACAGCUCGGACCCCACCGGCACCCUACCUGAGGACAGCCUGGAUGACUCUUUCCUCCCUGUGCCUGAAUACGUAAACCAGUGUGUUCCCAAAAGGCCUGCAGGCUCUGUCCAGAACCCUGUCUAUCACAAUCAGCCCCUCCAUCCAGCCCCUGGAAGAGACCCUCACUACCAAAAUCCCCACAGUAAUGCGGUGGACAACCCUGAGUAUCUCAACACCACCUGCCCUUCCCAUGUCAACGGCUCCACCCUCUGGGCCCAGACAGGCAGCCACCAGAUCAGUCUGGACAACCCCGACUACCAGCAGGACUUCUUUCCCAAGGAAACCAAGUCCAAUGGCAUCUUCAAGGGUUCUUCAGCUGAAAAUGCAGAAUACCUUCGGGUAGCACCAUCCAGCAGUGAAUUUAUUGGAGCAUGACCGUGGCCAUACAAAUUCCAGAUGGUGGACCCCCCAUGGACCCAACCAUGGCAGCUACUCCUAAUCACCAAGUCCUGAUCAAGUCCAUGUUCACUCUUGGACCAUGAACUGGCUUUCCCAUAUUUGCUGUGACCUGCCAAUCUUUCCACCAGGAAGCCCUCCACUCGGAUGCAGCACAGGGAAUUGCAGGUAUAUCCCUGUGACAGUCCUAUGUCUUCAAACUGUAAAGCUUCCAUAAAAAGGCAUCCAGCAAGAAUGUUGUCCAUUUGGACAAAAUUCACCAUUAAUUGAGGUAUAUUUGGAAAAAAAAAAAAAGCACACAACUAUAUAUAAGGAGUUUUCUUGCUUGGGGACCUGUGGGAUGUUUAACUGUAGUCAUUGACUUUGUUUUUAAGGGGCUUUUCUAACAAGGAAGAAGCCCACUCAGAGCACUUGAUGCACAAGUUGGUCCAGACCCAACUGUGACCUAGAAGCAAGAGCCAAAGUCUUCCAGCUAACACUUGACUUCACUGGCUCUGUGCUGACUCUUCCAUUGUGAGACAAUUAAACAGGAAGCCCUCCACAUUGCAAAUAGGCCUGAUCAGUACUGGACCCAACCUUGGAAGUACAAAGGAUAAGCCACUUCGACCAUUCCUGGGUGAAAAGAAAAGGAGGGGAUAGAGUUCAUCCUCAGACUUUUAUACAAAUGUCUCCAUGGUAUUUGCUUUCCUUUCAUUGAACUAGUGUUUUCUAAUUGUAAGUAUUAGACUUACUUGUUUAUUUUCCAUUCCAUUGUUUUGAAACUUUAUAUACUUUCCCUAUCGGCAAGAGGAGACGGUACAUUGAAUAAUAUGAGCAAGGCCAGCUCAUAUUUAAUUCUUCAGCAUUUGGACCAAUAACCUUUAAUUAUGAUGGAAGACAAUGCAAAAGCUCACAUGAGAACAUGUCCCAAGAUUUGAGUUUCAGAUAAAUACAUGAAGUCCUUUGGGCCAGGAGAUAAAGUGGAAGAUUCUGGAGGAAAAAAAAAAACAAAAAAAAAACAAAAACAAAAAACUUUAGA